GCGUCAUUUUGGGAUGGGUUGCGUUUGUUGAUCUAGCAGCGUAAAGCCUCGCUUGCUCACUCGCCGUACGACGCGCACGGAUCUAAUGUGGACCUAUAAUCAGCUUAGCGGACCAUAGCUGGUACAGGAUAUUCGCGAACGCACGUUAUCUUUAUAUCGCUUAUAUAUUGUAUAGCGGCAGCGAAUCGUGGCGACCACAAUUGUUUCGGUCUUAUAUGUGGUCUGCGGUUCUCUGAGCCAUUCGUGGAGGAACCUUUACUUCAUUUAGUGGGUUCAUCUCGGGUUCAUUCUGCAACAGGUUUCUGUAAUAAACCAGGGCUACAAAGUUGUCGGACAACAUCAAAGGAGACUGCUGAAAAUAUAAUGAUGUGUAAACGAAGAGGAUAAUACAUGCACACUUUACCUGCAUAUGUAACAACAAUAAGAAACACUGCUUGGCUGACAAAGACCGUUAUAUUAUUUAUAUCUACAAUAUAAGGAAAUAUAAAGACUAUACAAUAUCGUGAACUGCUUUUCAAAAUGAUGCCGAUGUUUUUGACCGUGUACCUCAGCAACACUGACUUCACCGAGCUUCCUAUCACACCGGAGACGCUGUGUCGAGAUGUGGUGGACAUGUGUAAAGAGCCGGGGGAGGUGGACUGCUAUCUGGCCGAGAUGUGGAGAGGAUCUGAGCGUGUGAUUGGUAACAGCGAGCGAAUCAUUGAGGUGCUGCAGCGCUGGGGUCAGCAGAGGGCGGAGGUGCGAUUCUUCCUGCGACAUGACCGAGCACCUGGACACGAUACUGGAGGUCACAGAUCUGCAGAGCCUCUUGUCAGGAGAAAUGCAGUAAAGGGAACAAUGGACAGACAGAUGGAGAAUGGAAUGGUGCCUCCAUGCAUGGACAUCACUCUUAGUGAGCUGCAAGAGAUGGCGUCACGGCAGCAACAGCAGAUCAAUGCACAACAACAGGUCUUGGCCUCUAAGGAACAGCGACUGCAUUUCCUGAAGCUGCAGGACCAACGCCAGCAGCAGCAGCAGAUAUCUGAUCAGGAUAAACUGCGACAGCUGCGAGAGAACGCAGAGAACCAGGAGGCCAAACUGCGCAGGGUUCGAGCUCUGAAAGGACAAGUGGAACAGAAACGCAUCAGCAACAGCAAACUGGUGGAGGAAAUUGAGCAGAUGAACAGUCUGUUCCAGCAGAAGCAGAGGGAGCUGGUGGUGGCUGUGAGCCGGGUGGAGGAGUUGAGCCGACAACUGGAGAUGUUGCGUGGUGGUAAAGUAGACAUGCCUGUCGAUGCCGGACCGAGCUCCUCUGGAGAACUAGAGCGACUGUAUAAAGAGCUUCAGCUGAGGAAUAAGUUGAACCAGGAGCAGAGUGGCAAACUCCAGCAGCAGAGAGACAAUCUAAACAAGAGGAACCUCGAGGUGGUUGCCAUGGACAAAAGAGUAGCUGAACUGAGAGAGAGACUCUGGAAGAAAAAAGCUGCUCUUCAACAGAAAGAGAACUUGCCUCCUGAAGGGCAGAGCUCUCAGUCUACUGGCCCACCCCGGGUUGCUGCCGUUGGACCGUAUAUACAGACCACCCCAGCCCCUCCAGUUCCUCCCAGGCAGGAAAUUCUGGUGAAGCCUGCUUACCCCGAUGGCACAGCCACCCUUCCCAAACCACUCACCAAACCCACCAUAGGUAUUGGUUUCCUGACAAGUAAAAUUUCCAACGCUGAAACCAACAGCAGCUCCCAUGUCCACUCCUCCACCCUUCCCCGCAUGACCAGCCACACCUCCCAGGAGAAAGAACCCGAGGCCGAUUUGAGACCACCACCUUUGCCCUUGCGCAAGAACCAGAGUAGCGAGGACCUCUUGAGGGAUGCACAGUCUGCUGGUAGAACAUUCGGGAAGGUUCCUCCUCCAGUUCCCAGCAAGCCCAAACCUGCUCUAUCAGGCCAGUCGACCUUCAGCAAACCUCCAUACAGCACCGGCACCUUCCCUGGCAAAGCCAGAUCAGCCAGUCAGAAACCUCCAAUGCCCAUUCCAUCUCAAAGUAACGCCUUACCUUUACCUUUGCCCCCUAAACCGGACACUUUACCCGCCGCAACAGUCCCUCCUUUCACAUCAGAGACUUUGGCAGGGAAAGAAUCUUCCACCACCCUCCACAAGCACAAGAUGGGGGCAGCGAGUAGUGACAUCAUCUCGAUGUACACCCAGCACAGCACACUUGGGAAGGGUUACCAAGGGCAAAGUACGUUGAUUCGUUCACAGCCUCGAUUAUACGGUAAACCAGUCAUCCCAUCCAGCGGGGGGCAAUAUCCCCAGGACAGUAGUUAUCUUGAGAAACCUAGCGGUCUAGAUGGUGAACAGGUGGAACAGGGCCAGGAAAUGGAGCGUGCUCCAAGACCCCUUAGUCCGACCAAACUGCUACCGUUCAUCUCAAACUCCCAUCGGCUCCAGAGCGACGUCGACUUGGAGGCCCUUAGAAAAAGACUGCACCAUGCGCCCCGACCUCUUAAGAAGCGCAGCUCUAUAACGGAACCUGAGGGACCUGCGGGUCCCAACAUCCAGAAGCUCCUCUACCAGAAGACUACAUUGGCAGCCAUGGAGACCACUACCGGCACCCCAACAACAUUCUUUCAGGCAGGGGCAGAGGAUGGAGGCCGGCAGGCUGAUGCUGAGGGCACUAGACCCCAAGAGGGACCCCAUGAUAUGACAAUACCUGAGUGUGAAAGAGAGGAAGAGGAUCUGACCCCUCCACCCCUUCCUCCUCGAACUCCUCUCCUGAAUGAUACCACUAUUAACAGCUCUGGACUGAAGGAACCACCCGUGAAGGAAGAUCUGGAAGUCUAUGGUCCGGCUGCACCGGAGCCCUAUAUUGAGGACUACCCACCUUAUCCCCCACCUCCAUAUCCCAGUAUGACAGAACAGGAGGUACCAGGGGAGGAGAGUGCCGAAAUGAAGGCUCCAGAGGUCACUGGACAAGUAACGUUACCGCCGGGCAAAAGGACAAACCUUCGUAAGACAGGCUCUGAGCGCAUCAACCAUGGGAUGCGUGUGCGAUUUAACCCAUUGGCGCUCUUGCUGGACUCAUCUUUAGAGGGUGAAUAUGACCUGGUCCAGAGAAUCAUAUAUGAUGUGGAGGACCCCAGUAUGCCCAAUGAUGAGGGCAUCACCGCUCUGCACAAUUCUGUAUGUGCUGGACACACGGAGAUUGUAAAGUUCCUGGUGCAGUUUGGAGUGAAUGUCAAUGCUGCUGACAGCGAUGGAUGGACUCCACUGCACUGUGCUGCCUCCUGUAAUAAUGUGCAAGUGUGUAAGUUUCUAGUGGAGUCUGGAGCUGCAGUGUACGCCAUGACCUACAGUGAUAUGCAGACAGCAGCAGAUAAGUGUGAGGAGAUGGAGGAAGGCUACACCCAGUGCUCCCAGUUUCUCUACGGUGUGCAGGAGAAGAUGGGCGUCAUGAACAGGGGUGUUGUUUAUGCUCUGUGGGACUACGAGUCUGAGAGCCCAGAUGAGUUGUCCUUUAUGGAGGGAGACUGUCUGACCAUUUUACGAAGAGAGGACAGUGAUGAAACCGAGUGGUGGUGGGCGAGAUGUGCCGACAACGAGGGCUACAUACCUCGCAACCUGCUCGGGCUGUACCCUAGAAUCAAGCCCAGACAGAGGAGCCUUGCGUAAAAUCUCCAUUCAGAUACUACAAACAUCACCAUUCCGUCCGUAUGGAAAAGGAAAGUUAUACACAUUCACCAGCACUGAUGAGCCUGAGGUUUCCCGGGGAGUUUUGUCAACUGUUUCAAAAAUCGCUUCGUUCUGAAGUGUAAAAGAAAGUUCUGCUCUAAAGAUAAACAUAUCACAUUUACAUGGAAAUAUCUGACAAAUAAUAGUUUUAUAGUAGUAGGGUGAAUUAGUGUAUUCUGGGAUACUUAUAGGAAUAGGUCACCCAAAAAUGAAAAUUCUGUCAUAAUUUACUGACCCUCAUGUUGUUCCAAAACUACAGGAUCCAAAAGUACUGUAUCAUAAAUGUAUGUAACGCAACUUGUGCAUCAUAUUCCAAGUCUCCUUAAGGCAUAUGAUAGGUUUUCAUAAAACACCCAAAAUUUAAAUCCUUUUUCAGUGAAAAUGUUUAUGUUCGUUGUGCUUAUAAGCGCUAAGAAAAGCUCAUUUACAGUGGCUCGUAUGUUGACUUGGGAAAUUACAUUGUUUAGCGCUAAAAACAACACAAGACUUGGAAUAUGAUGCAAAACUUGUAUGGACUAUGAGUAAAACAGCACAUGAUAUUCAUUAAAACAUCUAUUUUUGUGUUCCGCAUAAGAAAGUCGUACAGGUUUGGAACAUCAUGAAGGUGAGUAAAUUGCCUGAAUUUACAUUUUUGUUUGAACUAUUUCUUUAAGUUGAAAAUGUAAAGACAUGCCCCAGACUACCCUAUUUUCCCUAUAAUAAACACGACUUGUAAGGUUAAAGGCUUUUUUUCUACAUUAGAACAGAUAGACUGAACUUAGAUGCACAUUUUAGAGGCGGGGUUUAAGCAUGUGAGUAUUUGUUAAUAGUACAGAUGCAUUAAUACAGUCAUGUAAGUAUUAUGUCUAAUAUGAAGGAUUGUCAGAUUUAGCGAUAUCAUUUUUUCAUCUUUUUGAAGCAAUGCUGAAUUUCUGCUUCAUUAGUUUGUCAAACGGCAACUGGUUUCACAAAAACUGUGUAAAAAAGCAUAUAAAAGAGGUUUUCUAUAAUACUUUUUUCUUUUUUAUUUAAUACAUAAUGCGAUGUUAUGUAAACUUGUUACUAUGGUGCUUGCUGCUAUGCUACAACAAUGUGUUCUGUGAACAAUUAACCAUUUAUUUUACUGCGCCAAACGGCUUUUCAUUUAUCGUAAUAAAAACUUUAAGUCAGGACUCUUACGUCUUUUUUCAUUGUUUUUGAACUAUUUUUAUGGAAGUAUUAAUAUAAGGACUUGAACAAAAAUACAAGCUUUACUUGCCUUGUCCCAUAGACUUCCAUUGAAAGUGCAUUACUAUGAAUGUGAUUUUUGUUUAUUUUUACAAACUAAGAGGCGAGUAGAAAUUAUUUCUG